UCACAUGACAUUCAGAGAGACAGAAACCAAGGCUGGUAUUUGGGAAAGGGUUCAACUCAGCUGCGUUGAAAUGACUGGCUCAGCCUUUAGCUAUUAAAACACUUUCUAAGAAUUCCUUUGGUGCACGGCUCACCAGAAAGUGUGAAGCUUUGAAUGUGGACAGACAAAGGUUUCUAGCUGACUCACUUGGGAAUAUUAGUUUAUUCUGGAAAAGCAGGGCCCCAUUAUCAUCUUUCAACGUUUGGUCAGCUUUAACUAGAGAUGGGUGCUCUGGCUUUAUUGAUCCUUCCAUUAUUGCUGGUUGGGAUUGCUGGCAUUGCUUACGUUUACAAAAGAAUAAUGCAACUGAUGUCCAAAUCAGCUGUGCGGAACAAAGUGAUCGUGAUAACUGACGCUAUAUCAGGACUUGGGAAAGAAUGUUCCAGAGUAUUUCACAGUGGAGGAGGUCGAGUAGUCUUGUGUGGCAAUGACUGGGAAAAGUUAGAAGCCCUGCAACAAGCCCUAAUUGAUGUUGCUGACCCUAGUCGUACAUUCAGUCCAAAGCUUGUGCUUUUGGACCUCAGUGAAACAGGGAAUAUUCCUGAGGUAGCUAAGGAAAUCCUCGAAUCCUAUGGGUGUGUGGACGUGCUAAUUAACAACAGCAGUCUGAAAGUUAAAGGAGAUGCUCUCAAUGUCACUUUGGAAAUGGACAAGAAGAUAAUGGAUGCAAACUACUUUGGACCAAUAUCCCUGACUAAAGAACUUCUUCCCUCAAUGAUCUCCAGACACAACGGCCAGAUUGUGUUAGUCAACAGCAUCCAGGGGAAAUUAGGACUUCCAUUUCGUUCAGCCUAUGCUGCUUCUAAACAUGCAAUACAAGCUUUUUUCGACUGCCUGAGGGCUGAAGUUGCAGAAUUUGGGAUCACUGUGAGCACCGUGAGCCCAACAUUCAUUCGCUCCUAUCACCAAAUGCCAGAGGCUGGGAAUUGGGAGGCGUCUAUUUGGAAAUUUUUUUUCAGGAAGUGGGCCUAUGGUGUUCACCCAGUGGAAGUAGCAGAGGAAGUGCUAUACACAGUGAACAGAGGCAGCAAGGAAGUGAUGAUCGGAAACCCAAUGCCCAAAGCAUUUGUCUUUUUACGAACAUUCUGCCCUGAGAUCUUUUUUGCAAUUGUUGCUGCUGGAAUUUCAAACCAAUCCACAGCAGAAGAAGAUCAAUAAUCUUCUUUGCUUGUACUUUACUGUUUCUACAUCUUUACUGCUCCAUCUUUCCAUCUGUCUCUUCCAUGUCUUACGUUUAUUGUUUCUUUCUGAUCCACUUAUCUCUCCCAAUUUGCCUGCUUUUAGAAUAGCUUCUUCCAUAAACAUCACUCCAAUUUCCUAUUUUCUGUUUUGUUUUCCUAUUCUGAUGUCUAAUAUCAUCUGUUUCACCUUUAGAAGCUUAGUGGUUUAAAUUGAGGACAGGUCACAUAAACUUGGCUUGCAUUCUCUUCACUAUAGGAGAUUGCAGAUAAUCUGAUGGAGGUGUUUAAAAUGUGAAAAGGAUUUGACAGGGUAGAUCCAUAUGACCUAUUUCCUCUGGUGGGGGAAUCAAGAGUAAAGGGAAAUAAUCUUAAAAAUAAAGCUAGACCAUUCAGGAGGAAAAUCAAGAAACACUUUUUCCACACAAAGUGUAGUAGGAAUCUAGAACUCUUAUUCCCUAAAGAGUUUGUGAAUGCCAGGACAAUUGGUGCUUGUAAGAUGGAGAAAGACAGAUUUAAGUUAGGUAUGGAUAUCAGGGUAUGUGGAGCAAAGACGGGUAAAUGGAAUUGAGGUGCAGAUCAGCAGAGUAGGUUCAAGGGUCUGAAUAAACUAAUAGUUAUAUCUUUGCAUUGUUUUAUCUCUCUUUUGCUCUCUAACAACAGUAAGAGUCAAUUUAUUUUUGGUCCUAAUCUUCACACUGUUACAGUACUAUGCUCCUGUGCCAUUCCAUUACUCUAGCUUCUUGGGAUUGUUAACAGCAACAUAAUGGUACAGGACAACAAGGAGGAAAAGGGAUACCCCCAGCAUGUUGGCAAAGAUCGCUAGCUGUACGUCUGUGAUCAUCCUCCCAGGGGUUUACAAAUUAGAUCCCACUCCCAGUCCUGACUCCAGGCCACGUCUCUCGAACAGCGGUACUCUGGCUGCAUCCAAUCAAUUUUACUGAUUGUACAUUGAAACAAUUAAUCAGCCUUAUAUAACAGGUGCUGUAAGUACUUGGGAAAGCAGCACUAAUGUUGUACCUUUGGAGACAGGCUGGAUAAUUUGGCCUUCCAGGUCAGAGAAGGACAACUGAAUUACAGGAAAAGAAAGUUAGCCAAGGAAAUGUGUACCCUGAUGGAACUGAAAUAUUGAGGCAAAAAAUUAUAUCGAACACUUUUCUAACUUAGGUGUUGCUUAUGAGCUUUGUGGGAGUUUUGUAGCCAUUUCCACAUUCAGAUAGGGAGAAACUAUUUCCUCUGAUGGGGGAGUCCAGAACAAAGGGGCAUAACCUUUAAAUUAGAAUUGCGCUAUUAAGUGGUGCUGUUAGUUACCACUUCUUCACACAAUUGAUACUGUAAACCUGGAACACACACACUUAGAAAGCUUUUGAGCCUAGGCCAAUAGAAAAUUUCAAAACUGAGAUUAAUAGAUUUUUGUUAGGCAAGGAUAUUAAGGAAUGUAGAACCAAGAUGGGUAGAUGGAGUUUAGAUAUGGAUCAAUUAUGAUCUAAUUGAAUGGAGGCUAAAGCUUUAGGGGCUGAAUUAUCCCCUCCUGUUCUGAGAUUCCUAUUUUCCUACAAUUUACACUUGCUCUUGUUGAUUCAGUUUUCAGCAACAAAAAUAAAACUAAGUAGAUUAAAUGGUUUGUCACAAGAGAUAUAUUGGUAUAAAUGUAAAUUUUAAAAAACAUGUAACACCAAGGUGCAAACCUGCUCCAUAAACAAUAGUCCCUAAUUGAAAUCAGUACGGUAUUUUUUGUUUUAUGAGUAACCUUAAUUUUGAAUGAAAGAGAGGAAAUUGGGAUUGGAGUAUAAUUAAACACACCUUCUAUCUGAUACAUGUCCGCGAUCGCUGUAAGGCACAGAGACAGCUGACUGGCUAUCAUUUCACAGUCACUGAACAGAAAAUCAAUCAAAAGAAAAACACAUCAGUCCUCACAAGCACUUACACAAUGUACCUCAUGAGUUUAGAAAUUCACAGCACCUUGGGGCUAUUUCAUGAGGUAUCUGUUUAUAUCAUGUGCAUUUUAAAAUCUUAUCUUCGCAUUUGUAAAUAAAAAUCAUGAAGCAAUUAUCGCUGUCACACCACAUCAUGAUUUAGUAUUUACACAAUAAUAAAUAAAACUAACUUUUUACACCCCUCCACAUCUCUCAUCCUCUCCUGAUGAUGCUGACUCAUAAUAAUAUAUGGCUCCACAUGGUACCACAACAGUUCUCCGGUAGGGAGUUUAGAUGGUUAGUGUUAGUACAUUAUCCGACUUUGAAAGGUGCCACAGCUAAAUUUGAUCCUAUUUUCACUGAUGUUCCACACUCAUGCAUGUUCCAAUGUAUAUAAAGCAGCCAAAUGCAAGAACCCUGACUAGAUUUUCUGCUUCUAUGGAUUAGAUGCAACUGAAGUACAAUUGCGUUACUUCCAUUGUCAUCACUACUGAAAUUAGUCAACUCAGCAUCCAUUAAGAUUAAACCUGAACCGCCCUGAUCAGUGUAGACUAGCGGUGCAUUCCCCCGCCAAGUAAUUUAGGGAGCCUCAUCCUUUUUUUAAUUAAAUGUAGGAACUUGAGAAACAUGUCCUGAACUCAGUUAAUUCUGCGUUGAUAAAAUUACUCUUGGCGAUAUUAAAGAAGACAUUGUGCAUCCUAAAAUAUUCCUGUCCUCUAAUUUAGUGGAAGGAUUAAGCCACUUAAAAUAAAUGGGUUAACGCUUGCAAUUUAAACAGCUGACAGCAAAACGGAGGAUAAACAUAUUAAGCUUUGCUCUGCUAGCUCUGCCAACUCUGAUUUCUAGUCCAUAAUUUUGACUGAGCAAGUUUGUAUGCAAUAUUAUUUAUGUAAGAAAAAAUAUACAAUUUGCUUGCAAGUUCUUAAUGUUCCAGCUUCAACAUGCAAUCUCUUAUUGCUCUGUGGAGUUUACCACUAAUAAAACAACACAUUUCAUUCUC